GGCCCCGCCGCCGCGGCGCGAGAGUAGCCUUAGUCCGGCGGGCGGUGGCGGGCGCUGGGGGAUGCGGGGUGUGAUGGAAGGCGGUGGGUCGCUGCUGGAGCGGGCGGCCGUCGGCAGCCCGCUCUCCCUGGUGCUGGCCGCCUCCGCCUUCGCGCUGAGCCUCGGCUACCUGCUCCAGCUGGGUUACCGGCGUCACGCGGGCUCCGCCCGAGGGAAAUACCCACCCUAUAUUUCAUCAAGCAUCCCUUUUCUUGGACAUGCAAUCGCAUUUGGAAAAAGUCCCAUUGAAUUUUUGGAAAAUGCUUAUGACAAGUAUGGACCUGUAUUCAGUUUCACUAUGGUUGGCAAGACAUUCACAUACUUACUGGGUAGUGAUGCCGCUGCUUUACUCUUCAACAGUAAAAAUGAAGAUUUGAACGCAGAGGAUGUAUACUCUCGGUUAACUACACCAGUUUUUGGCAAGGGAGUUGCUUAUGAUGUCCCUAAUGUGGUAUUUUUGGAACAGAAGAAGAUGCUCAAAACCGGGCUAAAUAUUGCCCAGUUUAAACAGCAUGUAUCUGUGAUUGAAGAAGAGACAAAGGAGUAUUUCAAAGCAUGGGGAGAGAGCGGAGAAAAAAACCUGUUUGAAGCCCUUUCAGAACUUAUCAUUUUGACAGCAAGCCAUUGCUUACAUGGGAAAGAAAUAAGAAGCUUACUGAAUGAGAAGGUGGCUCAGCUGUAUGCUGAUCUGGAUGGGGGUUUUACACAUGCUGCCUGGCUUCUGCCAGGCUGGCUACCACUGCCGAGCUUCAGACGUCGAGAUCGAGCACACAAAGAAAUAAAGAACAUUUUCUACAAGGUUAUCCAGAAACGCCGAAAAUCUGAGGAAAAGGAAGACGACAUGCUCCAAACUCUGCUCGACGCUUCGUACAAGGAUGGCCGUCCGCUGACAGACAAUGAAAUUGCUGGAAUGCUUAUCGGGCUGCUGCUAGCGGGGCAGCACACAUCCUCCACCACCAGUGCCUGGCUUGGCUUCUUCAUAGCCAGAGACAAAUCCAUACAGGACCAGUGCUAUGCAGAACAAAAGGCAGUCUGUGGGGAUGACUUGCCACCAUUAACUUACGACCAGCUCAAGGAACUCAGUUUGCUGGAUCGCUGUCUAAAAGAGACUUUAAGGCUUAGACCGCCUAUAAUGACCAUGAUGAGAAUGGCCAGAACUCCCCAAACUGUUGCUGGAUAUGACAUUCCCCCCGGCCAUCAGGUCUGUGUAUCUCCCACUGUUAACCACAGACUCAGGGACUCCUGGAGAGAUGCUCUAGACUUCAAGCCUGACCGGUAUCUCCAAGAUAACCCAGCAGCCGGAGAGAAAUUUGCGUAUGUUCCAUUUGGCGCUGGUCGUCAUCGCUGCAUUGGAGAAAACUUUGCUUAUGUUCAGAUUAAGACUAUUUGGUCUACUUUGCUUCGUUUGUAUGAAUUUGAUCUCAUCAAUGACUAUUUUCCGACUAUAAAUUAUACAACAAUGAUACACACACCCAAUAACCCUGUUAUCCGAUACAAGAGGCGGUCACUGUAAAUUCUGGAGCUAAAACCUUACUUAUUUGUGUGAACUAACAGACUUUUGAACAGAAUGAUGACAAAAUGAGUGACAAGUGGAACCUGUUAGAUAAGCAACAAUGAUCUACCAAAUGCAAGGUCAUCUCUUUUGUUUGCCCACACUGUUUAAUGCUGCCUUGUAUAACUGCUUGUUCUACAAAUUUCUCACUGCAUUUUUAAAGAAAAAGCCUUUUCUAUUGGUGUAAUACUUUUAAGGUGCAUGCCAACCCUUUACAGUGAAGAAAUAAGUAAUUUCUAUAAAUGGAACUCUGCUUUUGAAAACAUAAUGGAAGGUUACUUUUCCCCAGCUAACAAGGGGUAAGACUGCGUACCUCACCGCUGUGUCCAGUUAGAGUAACUCCACCAGGGUGCAGGUGCUGCGGGGCAAUGGAUGUGGUGGUGCCCUACCUUUGAUACUUGUGAUUCUGUUCCAAGGGAACUAGGUAUGGCCUUGGCUGGUUCUUGAAGUGCCCACGUGUCUACAGAACACUCAUAGGGAGGUGGUCUCUUCUGAGAAUAAAUGAUUUAAAUGUCAAACUUGAGGCAGCUGUGAAAAGCUUAAAAAAAUUUUCUACAAAAAAAAAUCCACAAACUUUGGAAAGUAGUGAUCUCUGGAAACUUGAUAUAAGUGUGAAAGUAACAAUGUUAAUUUUGUAAAUAACAAACAUGUUUGUGUAUAAAAUGGUCACAGAUUAAGUGAAGUAGUUGAAUGUUGUCCCCCUUUGUACUGACUCACUGAGGACUAUAAAAUGGUGUUUGGUUCAAGAGUGGCAGUGAUAAAUGGUAACGAGCUCUGGCUCACAGGCACUUUGAAUUAAAUUUAUAAACAAA